GCUCCUCUUGGCUCUGUGGGACGAAGCGGAAGAGAAACUCGUCUCUGGUUGUGUUGUUGCUGCUGUCCGCCUGUCUGCCUGUCCGCCUGUCUAUCUGCUGCUGCUGCAGGGGGACGAAGAAGACAAAUCAGCUCUACUGGCUGAGUUUACCUCCAGCCCCCGAGUUAAAACAACCCAGAACUACCCGGGGGGGAUGGAGUCUCACGGCAGGGACGACCCGAAGGGCCCGGUGCUGCACAUCGUGGUGGUUGGAUUUCACCACAAAAAGGGCUGUCAGGUGGAGUUCUCCUACCCGCCGCUGUUACCAGACGAAGGUCACGACAGUAACCUGCUGCCGGAGGAGUGGAAGUACCUCCCUUUCCUGGCUCUGCCCGACGGGGCACACAACUACCAGGAAGACACUGUGUAUUUCCACCUGCCGCCCCUGAGUGAAGACAUGAAAUGCGUCUACGGAGUUUCCUGUUAUCGCCAAAUAGAAGCAAAGGCCCUGAAGGUCCGACAGGCUGACGUCACCAGAGAGACGGUUCAGAAGAGCGUCUGUGUCCUCAGUCGAGUGCCUCUCUACGGUCUGCUGCAGGCGAAGCUGCAGCUCAUCACACACGCCUACUUUGAGGAGAAAGACUUUUCUCAGAUCUCCAUUUUAAAGGAACUCUACGACCACAUGAACGGCUCCCUGAGGGGCUCCGCUCUGGAGGGCUCGCAGGUUUUUCUAGGGUUAUCGCCAAGAGAUUUAAUACUGCACUUUCGACACAAGGUUCUCAUCCUCUUCAAGCUCAUUCUGCUGGAGAAGAAGGUCCUCUUCUACGUGGCUCCUGUCAACAGACUCGUCGGAGCGCUGAUGACAGUUUUAUCGCUGUUCCCAGGCAUGAUCGAGCACGGCCUGGUGGACUCGUCCCACUACCGGCCAAAGAGCAGCCUGUCUGAGGACCCCGGCCUGGUGGAGAGCGUCUCGGGGGCCGAGGAGUUCGUCUCCCUGUCCGUCACCGACAUCACCAACAUCACCAACACCACGCUGGAGCUGGACGAGACGGCCCAGCCCGCCGCAGAGUCCCUGUCCUCCGGGAACAGCACGGAGGGAGACAACCACCUCCUCAAGCCCCCGUCACGCACCUCCCCGGAGUCCUCGGAGAGCGACUGGGAGACUCUGGACCCCAGCGUGUUGGAGGAAACCGCUCCCAAAGAGGCAGCGGCGGCGGAGGGGAAGGACGAGGAGCUCCUGGACGCCUUCGACUCCAAGCCGGGGACGCCCAUCACCGUGCAGCCGCAGUCCGCCAGCGGGCAGGGAGGGGUGGUCCAGGGCUUGGUGUCCGGUCUGGAGGAGGACCAGUACGGCCUGCCGCUCCCCAUCUUCACCAAGGGUUACCUGUGUCUGCCCUACAUGGCGCUGCAGCAGCAUCACCUCCUGUCCGACGUGACGGUGCGCGGCUUCGUUGCCGGAGCGACCAACAUCCUAUUCCGCCAGCAGAGGCACCUCAGUGACGCCAUCGUGGAGGUGGAGGAAGCUUUGAUCCACAUCCAGGACCCGGAGCUCCGGAAGACCCUGAACCUGACGACGGCGGACCUGCGAUUCGCCGAUUACCUGGUGAAACACGUGACGGAGAACCGGGACGACGUGUUCCUGGACGGGACGGGCUGGGAGGGCGGAGACGAGUGGAUCAGAGCCCAGUUCACCCUCUACCUCCACUCCUUACUGUCCUCCGCACUACAGCAAGAUAACGAGAGGCUGCUGGCUGAUUACGGCGCUCCGUUCGUCUCCGCCUGGAAGAUCUCCCACAACUACCGGGUGUGGUUCAGCAACAAGCACCCCGCUAUGGCCGCCAUCACCGCCGGACACCCGUUCCAGGGCCAGUACAGUGUUGCUGAUGUGAAGCUACGACUCUCACACUCGGUACAGAACAGCGAGAGAGGGAAGAAGCUUGGAAACGCCAUGAUGACCACCAGUCGCAGUGUGGUGCAGACGGGGAAGGCAGUUGGUCAGUCCGUGGGCGGAGCUUUGACCAGCGCCAAGUCGGCCAUGUCCUCCUGGUUCUCCACGCUGGCUCAGCCUCCAGCUGUGACCACCCCUCCGGAGUACCCGGAGUCCGCCACCGAGGUCCAACCCUGAAACAAAACCCAGCAGUCCUCCGUCUCUGACUCUGUCCUCGUCCUCUGACCUUCUGGCUGCUGAAGCCUGAGGGUCAGUGGACCGAGAGCUGCUUGUAUGAAGGAGAAAAGUCUUUUAAAAAAUCGGGUUUGCCUGAACCAGUCUCAUCAGUCUCAUGUUUGGUGACUCCGGGGCCGUGCGACGCCACUCUGGACAGGAAGGCAGCACUGCCAUUAUACUAACUGUACAGCCCAUAUCCACUGUGAGGCAGAGACUGCCACUGCUUUUGAUCAAAAACCCAGAAACGUCUGCAGGCUGCAUCAUAUCUGAUUGCCUGGUUGUAUUGCUGGAUGCUUUCUUUCCCCUGUGAGACACUAAAGAUGCUGUCGUUGGGUUUGCGGUGUUCACUCUUUUGCUGCAUAUUUCUAGUUUGUCUAUAUAGCUACGACUAUUUUGCUGACAGAUAAAUUACGUUAAAACUUUAAAAAAAUAAAAAUAAAUAGGUGUCACAGGAUUUGACAGAAGAGCAGGAGCUGUGGGGCACCUUAAAUAUUUUUAACGGUUUAGAUUUUGAAAUUCAGUCUGGCUCAUGUUCCGUGAUGUCUCUGUAAUAACAUUGUGAUUGUUGUGGUAACAACAUGAAUUCCUACGUAAAAAUACAUAAAAUACCACUCAUUUAUUUUAAUUAAUUAAAUUGUUAAUUGUUGAUUAUUUAACAGUGAAAUGAAAACAAAUUGUCCACUACUAUUUAUG